CAGCUUCAUCAUCCAGUCCAGUAGGCGGCGGUAGCUUGAUGCAAACUGCCAAAAAUUGCGGGAAAAAACAGAAAAGCCUUUGUAUUAAUAUCGCGUUAAUUCAGUUACGAAUAUAUAUAUAUAUUAAAAAAAAAUACAUAAGCAAAAUAUGCUGACUAAAAUAAACCCACAAUGAGCAGGGUUAUGGGAAAUUACAUUGAAAAUAAAAUAAAAAAAAUAAUCCGAGGAAGAAGAAGUCAGUUGCCUAGCAACUGUUGGAAGCCUAGCGUCAGUUAGCAAGCUAGGGGAUGAGCUAACACACGGAUCGUAUGACCCUAAAAAGUGUAUAAAUGCCACUAAAAAGAAGAGGACCUUUGCAGCUAGCUCAGAGAGAAGUGGAUGAAAUAAAAAAACAGGUUGACAGUCUGGAGAAGGAUGCCCAGAGUCAGGCUGGAUCCACUGAAGAGGCCUUUCGAAGAUGCCAAAAACUGCAAAUGUCAGCAGAGGAGACACUAAGGACACUAAAGAAACUGAGCAAGGCUGAUGAGCUGGCUCCAGUGGGGAAUUAUGAUCAGAGGAAACAGGAAGAGGAGCGACGAGUGCAAAACAUCUUGGAGCGUCUAAAAACUCUCUCUCUGGAGCUGUCCCCACCAGGACCUAGCACUGAAGCAGGUAAUGUUUCAAAGGAAGAUAGUGAAGAUAGUGCUGAAGAAGACGAUGACGAAGACAGUAACGAUAAUGAAGAAGAGCAUGUAGAAAAUGAUAACAACACUGGCAGUGAUGAGAGGCGAGAUUUGAAACCGCCAUCUCAGUCAGAUGCUCGCAUCUACAUGGUCCUCAGUGAUUUCAAAGGAGAGCAGGAAGGAGAUCUGUCUGUUCGGAAGGGGGAGGUGUUGAGGAUUAUCAGGAAGACAGCAGAUGGAUGGUGGCUGGCUCAGAACACUAAAGGCAGCAGAGGAGUGGUUCCAAAAACCUUCCUGAAGAUUGGCUCUAGUGUUGAUGAUGACGAUGAUGAUGAUGACGAUGAUUCAAAAGAAGAUGAUGAUGAAAAGGAGGAGUCGGAAGAGGAGGAAGAUCAAGAUAGUGAAGAAUUAACUGAUGAUCCAGACAAACGGAGUGCUUCACAUUCUAACUGGUCUACAGUCAAAAAGGCUCUGAGUGAGAUUGAUGCAACAGAUGUGCUCUCCGCCAUGGGUGCUAUACCUUCAGGAUUCAGACCAUCAACUCUCAAUAAAUUACUGGUGGAGGAAGGUCAUUAUGCAGCAAGUGUAACAUACAGAGGAAGUCAUUACAUUCAGCCUCAGCUCAGCCAAUCACAGCUCUCCUUUAAGGACCUCUUCCUGGACCCAGAUACUGGCAAGGUUCGUCCUCGGCAGGUCAACACGAGUGUUUGUUUCAGUUUGUGGAGCUGCAGGAUGAUUCCUACUCCUGGGGUUGGUGUUCAAGUCCUCAGCCGGCACGUCCGCCUCUGUGCCUUUGACGGAACUCAGGUUUUGAGUAACAUCCACGUAGUCAGAGCAACCUACAACGCCAAGAGCCCAAAGACCUGGAGCUUCUCUCCGAGGGUGACCGGUAUCUUACCCACCCUCUUGGAUGGAGACUGUUUUCUGCGCUGCAACUCCACGUCGCCUGACCUCGGGAUCCUCUUUGAAUUAGGAGUCACUUUUAUACGAAAUUCUACUGGAGAGAGAGGAGACCUAAGCUGUGGUUGGGCUUUCCUCAAAUUGACUGAUGAUGCAGGAAAUCCUCUGCCGAACAGGACCUAUGAACUGCCUGUGAAUGGUGGCACUCCGUAUGAGAAGGAUGUAGCAGUGGAGGCGUCAGCCACUAGAGGAUCUCCAAGUGGUGUUUUCCAGCAGAUGCUCCAAGCCAGGCGGCAGCCCAAACUUAUUGUUAAGCUGAAAUCAGCCAACAGCCGGACGCAAACACAGCUCAGUGUCCUUCCAGAUACUCUCCUCCACUGCCUAAACUGCAUCCAUCUGCUGGUUCUGCACAGGCAUCUGCUCGCAGACGCACUGCUGAUGGACAGGCCCACAAUGCAGAAUGCAGAUCUAAUAUGCAGUCCUAUACUUUCAACCUUUCCUGUGUUGUUGGACCAGCCAGACCUGUUAGAUGCUCUCAGGAGUGCCUGGCUGGAUGCUGAGACUAACAUGAACAGAGCACAAAAGAGGGACCUGUCCUAUCUAAAACUGGAGUUUGUUAAAGUCUACAUGUCAUCUGUGUAUUUCCUGCUCCACUCUCCAUCGCUGCCCUGUUAUCGUUGGGCGGACCCGCUCUCUGAGGAGCAACGCGCAAGAGUCAUCUACGCAAUGCUGGAGACUUUGAAAAACCAACGCAACAACACCGGCCAAUCAGGAGGUCCUGAUGUCUUUGUUGAUGGCGCUCACACGCAUCUCGCUUUUGAUGUUACAGAGUUGACUUUUGACCUUCUCCGUGUGGCGUGGUGACAAUAACGUCAUCUCCCUCUGGCUGAAGGUGCUAUUUGGUUGAAGUUAAUUAUCCUAAUUUUUACAUAUAUUUUGAAAAUAAUUAAAGAUUAAAGCUUGCAAUAUUCCAUAUGUUUAUUAUUUUUAGUAAAUUUUAAUGAAGAAAACCAAAACCAGCAAUGGUUGAAAUUUGCAAGACCUGGCUUCCUCUUUAGUAGCUGUUUUUCAUUACAAUAUAUCACAUACCAUAACCUAGUUAGUCUUUCAUGUAGUUAUUAUAGCUUUAGGUCCAUGGCACAGAUGAUCAUAAUAUAUCACAUUUUAGAUACACCAAGAUAAAACCUAUGAUAAGAUGGGGCAAUUCUUCAUUGGUUUUUCACUGAAUUUGUUGAAAACAAGACAAAACUCACUUGUCCAACACGCUUUACCUCCUUUCUGCUUCUGCUAAACUACCGAGCAUACACGUCUUUAUGUCCGUAUUUUUACCGGAGGCACUGAUCGUAUCUCUGUGUAGCUGUGAAAUAAAAUAUUUUAUUUAUUUUGUAUUUAAUAACAGAAUCAACAUUCCUCCUCUUAAAGAUAAAAAAUGUGUUACAGGAUUUAAAAAGUGCCACUAAUGCCAGUAAUGGUAACAUUAUUGUUAACAUUAUUGGCAUGUUUUAAUUUAAAUUUUAUGAUAAAAGUUGUGUUCGUAUCACUUACUUACAUCCACAAAGGUGCUUUUUAACCCCUGUCAUCUCACUGGGUACUGAGCCCCACCCAUUAUUUCAACAUCAGUUGUGUGUGUGUGUGUGCUUGUUUGUGAGGGUGUGUAGUGUAGGGUUACAGGAGUUAAUAAUUGGCCCGCUGUGUUCUUUUUAUAGCCUGGUAUAAAAGGCCAGGAGCACUAGGAUGCUGGGUCAGUUUGGGUGCAGUCGGUUACGGCUUCACAUCUAAAGCAACGUUUAUUACAGCAAUUCAACAUACUUUUUUAUGAUAAAAUAUCUAUUGUCACAGUAAACAUAUUUCAUUAGGAAUAAAAUCUGAAAAAGUUGUUUGAAAGGUAUUUGAGGCUUCUGUAAUCAUGGUUCACAGUUCAGACUUUUAAAAUAUGAAAAUUAGGGUUUAAUUUGUGAGAUAAGACCUUUAAAAAUAGAUAUUACUUACAAUGUUGGCUUUGUAAUAUAAAGAUGGUAGGAAAUGUUGCUUUAAACUCUUCACAUAUAUCCCCCAACACAUUCUGAAUAAAAAAGAAAGGAAUAAU